GGGUCGGGUGGGGCCGCGGCUCCCGCUGCGGCGCCGGGGCUCGUUGGCUCCGCUCGGACGCACCAUGAGCGGCCCCGGCGGGGCGGCGGGGAGUGGGGACCCCCCGGCGGGGAGCGGGACCCUCCCGGCGCUGCCCCGGGACUACGAGCUCGCCGGCAAGGUGAUGUUACUUGGAGACUCGGGCGUGGGGAAAACCUGUUUCCUGCUCCAGUUCAAAGACGGGGCCUUUCUCUCCGGGACGUUCAUAGCCACCGUGGGCAUAGACUUCCGGAACAAAGUGGUGGCUGUGGAUGGCGUGAAGGUGAAGUUGCAGAUCUGGGACACGGCGGGACAGGAGCGUUUCCGCAGCGUCACCCACGCCUACUACAGGGAUGCCCAAGCCCUGCUCCUGCUCUACGAUAUCACCAGCAAAAUGUCCUUCGACAACAUCCGUGCCUGGCUGACGGAGAUCCACGAGUAUGCCCAGAAGGAUGUGGUCAUCAUGCUGCUGGGCAAUAAGGCCGAUGUGAGCAGCGAGAGGGCUGUGAGGACGGAGGAUGGAGCAUCACUGGCCAGGGAGUAUGGGGUGCCUUUUAUGGAGACGAGCGCCAAGACGGGCAUGAACGUGGAGCUGGCCUUCCUGGCCAUUGCCAAGGAGCUGAAGCAGCGUGCGGUGCAGCCGCCGGACGAGCCCCGCUUCCAGAUCCACGACUACAUCGAGUCGCAGCAGAAGAAAUCCAGCUGCUGUGCCUUCGCUUGAGAGCGGCCAGGAGGAGCCGGCAGCCCCGGGGACGCAGGCAGGCGGGAGGCAGAGUGGGGACCCAGUCCUGCCCUUGAGCACCCGUGGAAACCAGGCUCUGACAAGCCAAGCAUAGAUGGGGCAACACGGCGGAGCGGAGCGUGCACGAGGAGAGCCAUCGCCCCGGUGCCAAGAUCCAGGGGCUGGAUCCUGCUGCCCUGCAAGACAAUGCCUGGAGCUUACUGUGUGCCACUAGGGGAAUAACCACGGUGUGAUGACUGCCAGCCCGGACAGCGAGCCACAGUGAUGCCUCUGUGACCUGAGCAGGAUGCAGGAUAUGGCCCCGCACCCAGCUGAGGGCCCCUUGGAGUGGCUGGAGGGGCCACGUGUGUGCCAUGGAUGUGCCCUUGGGCAGGCCCCAGCCCUCUCCUCCCCUACAGCCAUCCCUGCUUGGCGCUGCUCUCACCUGGCUGGAAGGGCCUGAUCCAGCCCCCUGUGUCCCCGGUGCUGCCGGCCUCUGGCUUCCCUCCAAGGAGCUCCGGCUCUGCCCCCGAGGCUGCCCCACACCCAGGUGCAGCCGGUGCCCAUGCUCGGCCGUGGCUCCUUGCUGCUGUGGUUGCUGCUGUCAGCUUUUAUCCUCCUGCUGCCACGAGGGCAGCGAUGUCCCUGUUAAUGUCCCCGUUGUGUCCCAGCUCUGCUGGAGGGAAGGGCCGAGAUGGGGAAGCGUCCAGCCAAGCCUGCUCCCUGCCCUCGCAGCUGGUAUGAGAAAUAAAACUCCCCUGGGAGCACCCGAGUGACGCUUGGGGCACUUCCAGCACACAUGGCAAUUGGAAAAAGCCCUUUAUUCCCCCCACCCCCCCACUUGUAGCCACAGGAAUUAGAGACUUUUUUAAUGAGAAAAGCCUUUUUCUUUUCAAUUCCUCCAGAUAAAACCACCUCUGGCUUCACGCAGGCUGGAGCUGGUGGGGUAGAGGUGCCUGCGGUGGCCUGGGGCUGCUAUGCCAGCUCUCAGGGCGGGCUGCGUUUCUCUCCCACCACUGCACGUGUAAUACAACAGUUUCUUCCUGACACUGGCAAAGAGCAGCUGAAACCCACUCUGUGGAGAGCAGAUGCCUGAGGUGGUUCAGCCAGCAAACGCUGCUACGUUGGCCCAGUGGGCGCUGGCGGGGUGCAAGGCUCAGGUGUUGCUGCAUGUGCUCAGCCUGGCCCUGCCGGCUCCUCCGGCACACUGCCGGCUCCCCCGAGUGCUAGGUAGGGUGAUGAGAUGCUGAAUAUUCGGUUAUGCAGCUGAAAAGCUGAUGCAAAGGGCAGCUGUGGAGGGCAUGGCAAUGCUGCACGUGGGAGUGGGGGACUGGCUGGUGCAUCUGUCCCUGCCGGCAUCUUCCCUGGCCCUGCGCCUGAGCUGCUUGUCUCUCACUGGCCCCAGUGCCUCCUUCACCUCUGCUCUGCUCCUGGGUCUCCCUUUGCAAGUUUACAGAUUAAAGCUGAGUAUUUUUGAGGCUUUGCA